AGCAGUUUGCUUUGCGCAGCCCCAGUUACGCACGCGCUCUAUGCGCAUUGCUGCUUGUAGGUAGUCGAGCGCAGCAGCUGGAAGGGGAGAGGAUGAAACGUCGUUGUUCCUUGAGGGUAGGAGUGGUGCCUGGCAGGAUGUUAAUAGCUUAUAUAAAGCCAUCGGAGACGCGAAACGGUAAUCAUUCCAACUGGAGACGUGACCCAAGAUUACUAAUCAAGCACUACAGAAACUUCACAAGUUCAUGGAACCAUCACUUUCCUGCAUUCGCUAAAUCACAAAUAAUCUGCGGACAUACUGUAAACUACAAUGCGCGCAUGGAUUAUACAGACAAAAGAACCGUUAUGGACUUCCUGCACCAACAGAGCACAAGCACGCAGAUAAUCAGCGCAUUGCAAUCAUUCUGGCUUUGAUCUCAACUUAAUGCGUGCAAACAUUAUUCACGCGCAUUCAUGGCUAUAUAAAUCAUUACGCCUUGUACAGUACCAGAAGUUCAUAUGGACUGAAAACAUGGGCUCGUUUGGAAAGGUAGUGAGCGGUAUUAAUCACACAACAGUAGCUGAGGCGAUCCAACGAGAUGAUCCAUUUUCCGGACCCGUAAAAUCCAUUGCGCCGUGGAACUUUAAAGUGUUGGCAGCGUGGAUGGUGGUGAUCACGUCACUUUCUCUGGGAGAGAACUUUCUGGUUAUGUUGGUUACCUACAAGUUUAAACAACUCAGAAAGCCGUUAAACUUUGUCAUUGUUAAUUUGUCGGUGGCAGACUUUUUCAUGUCACUGAUCGGUGGGACUUUAAGUAUUGUCACAAACUAUCGUGGCUAUUUCUUCCUGGGGUCCUGGGCGUGCGUGCUGGAGGGAUUUGCAGUCACUUUUUUCGGUAUAGUUGGUAUGUGGUCCCUGGCUACCCUCUCAUUCGAGAGAUACUUUGUCAUCUGUCGUCCUCUGGGAAACGUCCAUCUGCGGGUUAAACAUGCAGCACUGGGACUGCUGUUUGUCUGGUCCUUCUCUUUUGUCUGGACCAUCCCACCUGUACUGGGAUGGAGCAGCUACACUGUUAGCAAGAUCGGCACCACCUGUGAACCUAACUGGUACUCUGGUGACCAGCAUGACCACACUUUCAUCAUUACAUUCUUCCUCACCUGUUUCAUUCUUCCUCUGGCUGUCAUCAUCUUCUGUUACAGCAAAUUGCUCCGAAAGCUGAGAAAGGUGUCUCACUCUCAUGGCAGACUGGUGAAUGCCCGGAAGCCUGACCGGCAGGUGACUCAUAUGGUUGUGGUGAUGAUUGUAGCCUUCAUGGUGGCGUGGACACCAUAUGCACUGUUCUCUGUCAUCGUUACUAUUCACCCGACCAUCAACUUACACCCUAUUUUGGCUUCUGUUCCCGCCUUCUUUGCAAAAACUGCUGCGGUCUACAACCCCAUCAUCUACGUCUUUAUGAACAAACAGUUCAGGAAGUGCCUGAUCCAGCUGCUCAGCUGCAGUAGUAACACCACAGUGGAGGUUAACCAGUCCACAGACCGAGCAGGCAUGACCGGUGAGAGCAACACGGGCGAGAUGUCAGCUAUAGCUGCCCGAAUCCCUGCUGCUAGCACUCCAAAUCCUAACGGGCAGCACAGCAACUCUUGCUCCUACAGCCCGCUACCCAUCCCAGAAAACAAAGUGUGCCCUAUGUAACUGAGCAAGACAUGAACUGUACUUGACAAUUAUUGAACAUCUUUUCCCACCACAAUAAAAGGAUUGAGUGUGCAUCACCUCUGAAGCUCUAGUGGCCUGUGAGCAGAGACAGCUUUAUCAAAGCCAGUA